AUGGGACUCUUUGCCUAUGCCAGCCUAUGCCUUUUUGGCCUUCUGCUCUCCAGUCCUUUUCCAGGAGGUGAGGCUGCCUCCUGUGCCAGAGGCUGGCUGCAAAAUCAGGGGAAUUGCUAUGCUUAUUUUGACACCAAGAUGACAUGGUCAGAAGCUGAGAUUGAAUGCCAGAGCUAUGGCCGUGGGGCCCAUCUUGCCUCUGUUCUCAGCAAGGCAGAGUCUGCUCUCAUCGCCCAACACAUCUCCGCUUACCAAAGGCAAAAAAGCCAUGUCUGGAUCGGUCUUAAUGAUCCUCUUCAGACUGACAAGUGGAAGUGGUCGGAUGAAUCAGUCUACAAUUAUGAGGCCUGGGCUAGUGGUGAGCCAAAUGGCAGUAAUGAAUUCUGCACAGAGUUGAAUCAAUAUACAAAUUUUAGAGAAUGGAAUGAUAGAAACUGUCUAUCUCGUCAAGCCUACAUCUGCAAAUAUGAGCUCUAGAGAAGAUGGAAGCUUCCAGUUAUGCCUGCUUGAUGUUGAACUUCUGGACCAGCUGAUCUCUGCUACUGUCCCCAGUCUAUGAAGAAAGCCUCUGACUUUCCCCUCCACCUUCUUCCAAAAGCCCCAUCACAAAAUCUACUUCUCUUUAGCCCUGGUGCCCUGCAGAAAAUUAAUAAACAUCCUCUGAUGCA